CGGGGCUCAGGUUGGAUUACCGGUGGGCGGGCGCUGUCCCCCCGUCCCCGCCCCCCACAUCCGGGGGCCGGGGCCGGGGCCGGGGCCGGGCUCAGGGCUUGCCGCGCGCCGGUGAGUCAGGCCGGGUUUUCCCUCCUCCUCCAGGGCAGGCGAGAGAGUGCCGCCGGUCGCGUCCCUUCCUCGCCAAUCCGGCUCCGGCGCCUGUCCUCCCGCCCGCCGCCCGCGUUUUCUAGGUGCCUGCCUCUCGGCCGCGCCGGCCCGGCUAGCAGUCUCUGCUGGAAUCGGCGCUUCGGAGGAGGGUUCAAAUCCGCCCAAAGGAACAGCGGCGCACCCGGGCGCGGAGCGGCGGGCGGCGAGCGCUGCGCCAGCAUGCAGCUUCCUGUGCCCUGUUGAAACUUCAUGGCCACAGCCCCAGGCCCUGCUGGCAUUGCCAUGGGCAGCGUGGGCAGCCUGUUGGAACGUCAGGACUUCUCCCCUGAAGAGCUUCGGGCAGCACUUGCUGGGUCUCGAGGCUCUCGCCAACCUGAUGGACUCCUCCGGAAAGGUUUGGGCCAGCGUGAGCUCCUUAGCUAUCUGCACCUUCCCAAGAAGGAUGGCAAGACCACCAAGCGGGCACCUCGGAAUGAGCCUGCUGACUAUGCUACCCUCUACUACCGGGAACAUCCUCGGGCUGGUGACUUUAGCAAGACUUCACUGCCUGAGCGGGGUCGCUUUGACAAGUGCCGCAUCCGCCCAUCAGUGUUCAAGCCUACAGCAGGUACCGGGAAAGGCUUCCUCUCCAUGCAGAGCCUGGCUGCCCACAAGGGUCAGAAGCUGUGGCGCAGCAAUGGUAGUCUGCACACGCUGGCCUGCCACCCACCCCUGAGUCCAGGGCCCAGGGCCAGCCAGGCUCGUGCACAACUGUUGCAUGCCCUCAGCCUGGAUGAGGGUGGCCCUGAGCCUGAGCCCAGCUUGUCUGAUUCCUCCAGUGGGGGCAGUUUUGGCCGCAGUCCUGGCACAGGCCCCAGCCCCUUCAGCUCUUCCCUAGGCCACAUUAACCACCUUGGAGGCUCCCUGGACCGGGCCUCAAGGAGCCCCAAGGAGGCUGGGCCAUUGGCUGUGCUGAGCUGCCUGCCUGAGCCACCGCCCCCCUAUGAAUUCUCCUGCUCCACUGCAGAGGAGGUGGUAGCCCUGCUGCCUGAGACCUGUGAGGAUCUCAAGAGGGACCUUGGAGACCAGGAUGGCUCCAACCCCUUCACACAGGUGCUAGAGGAGCGCCAGCGGUUGUGGUUAUCUGAGUUGAAGCGCUUGUACGUGGAGCGGCUGCAUGAGGUGGCUCAGAAAGCUGAGCGCAGCGAGCGCAACCUCCAGCUGCAGUUAUUCAUGGCUCAGCAGGAACAGCGACGGCUGCGCAAGGAGCUCCGGGCUCAACAGGGCCUGACCUCUGAGCCUCGUCCCCCAGGUCCAGUUCCAGAGGCCGACUCCAGCAGCCGGCCAGAGGAGGAAGCCCGAUGGGAGGUGUGCCAGAAGACCGCAGAGAUUAGUCUCUUGAAGCAGCAACUGCGGGAAGCCCAGGCAGAGCUGGCACAGAAACUGGCUGAGAUAUUUAGUCUGAAGACGCAACUUCGGGGCUUCCGGGCACAAGCCCAGGCUCAGGACGCAGAGCUGGCCAGGUUGCGUGAGACUGUGCGCAGCUUACAGGAACAGGCUCCUCGGGAGGAAGCCCCAGGCAGCUGUGAAACCGAUGACUGCAAGAGCAGAGGGCUGCUGGGGGAGGCUGGAGGUAGUGAGGCUGGAGGUGGUGCUGAACAGCUGCGUGCAGAGCUACUGCAAGAACGGCUCCGGGGCCAGGAGCAGGCACUGCGUUUUGAGCAGGAACGGAGGACUUGGCAGGAAGAGAAGGAGCGGGUGCUGCGCUACCAGCGGGAGAUCCAGGGGGGCUACAUGGACAUGUACCGUCGUAAUCAGGCACUGGAGCAGGAGCUACGGGCACUACGGGAGCCCCCCACGCCCUGGAGUCCUCGACUUGAGUCCUCCAAGAUCUGAGGCCAGCAGAGCAAGCUGACAGCAGAUGCACUGUCCAAGAUGCCCUGAGACAGCUGACCCCUCUCUUUCACUGGUCUGGGGCAGAAUGUGCAGAGGCCAACCCAGGGAUGGGAGGCUCCCAAGAGGAAGGAUCCAGGGGGGGCGAUGGGCAGGAUAAGGUGCUGGCUACAGAGCCAGGGCUAGACCCUUCUGGCAGAGAAGCACCCAAGCAGGGCCCAGCCCUGCUCCCUGGAGUGGGUGUGGCCCAAUGAAGGAGGUUAGAGAAUCCAGAGGCACCAAUAGGGAAGGGCAGGUGUAAGGGAGGGUGGCUAGAGAGCUGGGCUGAGGCCUUCCUUAAUGGAAGGAGGCUGGGAUGGAAACAUUGGCCUCCUCCAGAAUAAAACCACCUUUUCUUUGAGGAGGCCCUGGGUGAUGUAUUGAGCCUGCCCUUACCAGAGUCCAGUUUUGUGGAUAGUCAGGGUUGGGAGUUGACCUGGCCUGUAGCUCCUUUCAUGGUCAUGGUUAUUGGGAGGUGUGCCCUGUGCCUGUCUGUGAAGCUGCUGAUCAUAUGUGUUGGAGAGUGGAGGCAUCCUAUUUCCUUGCUCUAGUACCACACAGUUCCUUAGCUGCUGUGUGGGCUGAAAUUCCUUUCUUUAGCACCAGUGGAUUUUUCAGAAGGAACAAUACUAGGGGACUACAAAAAAACAAAAGGGCGAGUCAAAAGGCAUUUCAAGGAUAUGAAAUGUUCCUUUUGGUGGAAAGUCUGGGCCCUGGUUGCCCAGGCCUCUGCUGGAUUGGGGCCAGCCUAAGACAGCAUCCUGUGGGGGCAUCCAAAAGCUCCUGUGAGCUCUACCUCUUCUGGAGCCCACCUCCUAUCUUUCUGUCCAGCUGUGGUGUGCCUCUCUCUUCAUGGGUGGGUGAGGGGGAGGUUUAGGAAGGUGCAGAGAAGCUUGGCAGGGAAAGCUUGUGGGUUAUUUGGUACUCCAUGUAGCCAGACAUGGUGGUGUACACCUCUAAUCCCGGCGCCUCAGAAGGGUGAGGCAAGAGGAUCCGGAAGGAAUGGAACAUUUCCCCAUAAGCAAUGGAAGGCUAUUGGGUAUUUUUAGGUAGGAGUGAGAUUUGAUCUAAUUUGUAUUCUGGAAAGUUCUUUCUUGAAGAAGCAUCCCCACACUUCCCACCUCUGUUCUUUACCUGGCCUUGGAACUGUCAGUCCUCUUGCACUCCUGCUGAUGGUCUCAGGUUCUCGAAAACCCACAGCUACCCCAGUCCCUCAGCAGUCUUGGGACUUUGCUCCCCUCCAGUUGGUGACCUGGUGCAAGUGGAGUCUUCCCUAUCUUUUGAGAGAAGCUCAGCUUAUUACACAUGUAUCAUUGGAGUGGCUACCAUGCAUCUAGUGCUUACUGUUUCUCUGGUUGGACCCUUGAGCUUGGGGCCACAGGGUGAAUUUGAUGUGCUUCCUGCUUAAGGGUAGCUAGCACAUAGUCAUCUGCCCUCCAAUCCUUGUUCAUGUAGGGCCACUCAGGGAGACCUCUUAGAAGUACUCCAUGUAGCCAGACAUGGUGGUGUACACCUCUAAUCCCGGCGCCUCAGAAGGGUGAGGCAAGAGGAUCACAAGUUCAAAGCCAACUGUAGCAACUUGGUGAGGCCCUAAGCUGUCUCAAAAAAUAAAAGGGCUGGGGAUGUGGCUCAGUGAUUAAGCACACUUGGGUUCAAAUCACAGUACUCCUCCUGCCCCCAAAUAAAAAGUACUUCAUGUAGAAACCCAGGCUGCUCCCUUUGGCUGACCCUUGGUCUUCCCAUGCUAUUCCUGACAUGCCCCCCCAUCAGGCCCAGUAGGUGGAUCCUGAUUGUAGAGUUUGCUGGAGUGUGGACUACAUCCCAGCCUCCUUGGGAAUUGUGGCACAUGAGUUGAUGGGCCCCGCCUUUUUUGGGGCCAUGAGUGUAGUGUGUGACUUGUCUGGGGGUGCUGUGUUUAUGGCCCUGUGAAUGGCAGAUGUGUUUGUGGGUGGUGGGUGUGCCCAAGGAGGUGUGUUUGGGGCACCUGGCCUCCAAAAGCCAGCUCCUGAAUUGGAGGCUGGGAAAGCUGCUUCCUGGCUCUCCCUCUGCCAGGAAUCAGCUCCACUGGCCGGGCCUGGGUCAAUCCUGUGUCCAGGACGGAGCCCUGAGCCUAACUAAGACCCAUUUAGGUCCACUCCUGAGCUCAGGUCUAAUGCCUGAGGAGGGAAAGGUGAAGUAUCUGGGUUAGGCAGGCCAGUCCCCACAGAUCUUAGGGUAUUCCUAUUUCAUAGGCCCCUCUAAAUCCAGAUCUCUGGGCCAAUGGACCCCUGGAGGUUUUCCCACUUCCUGGACCUGCAUGUUGGCUUGAAGCCUAGAUUACUUCCUCCCUGUGACCAGGAGCUGGUUAGGCUGGGUCCCCACGUGUCCAAGAGUGGCUGGGGCCCACCUUUUGGUAUACCAGCUCUGCAGAACAGCUCUCCACCCAGUAAUUAGGGAGCUGGGCCGGCCAGUACAGCCAGCGGGGAGUGGGUGGGCGGUACCAAAACUUGGCAGCAGUGCCAGAAACCAAGGCCAGGCCCAGAAGAAGGGGGAGGGUGCCGGAGAGCUAAAGCUGGGGUGUCUCAAAACCAGAUACCGGUUAGUUCAUCCGUGCUGGGCAAACCAGUUCCCUGGUUCCCAGGUAGGCUGAGUGGCUCUGGGGCCAGCUGAUCACAAGUGUCACUGUCACUAUCAUUGUCACUGUUAUGGCUACUGCUUUGGGGAAGCCCCUCCCUUCUACUUCUGGCUGGGCCCUCAGCUGCUCUCAGGCUCAGCUUUCCCCUGGAAUCCCCUUCCCCAGCUGAUCUGACCUAGGCAGCCAGAUCUGCACUGUGCUCUCUGCCUCUGAUCCACACUUUCUAGCAGCUCUCUGGGCCCCUAACCCCUCACGGAAGGUCUCUGACUCUGGUCUCCAGGAUCCCUGAUAGCAGUGCCCCUUCCAACCUCAGUGAACUCCAGAGUUUGACUUAGCCCUCUGGCAUUCUACCUCAUUCUGCAGGUGAUCCUGGACUGAAAGACUUGCAAGGAGGGACAGACACAGGGAGGGGAGGCAGGGCACCAUUUUGGAGCUACCUGGAGGGUGGAAGAAAGAAGUGAGGGUUUGAGUAAGUUCUGGACCGGGCCAGGGAGGCAGAGAAUCAGCUGUCUUCCUGGGCUGCCUCCUGGUGUCCGUCAUUGCACACAGAAUGCAGGAAGUGCUCAGGUCUUGCUUUCUCAAGGAAGUCCUUCCUGGACUAUCCACCUCCUCUGCAGUGCUUACACGUCCAUAUGUCUCUCCAUCAGCUCUUUGCAAGCUGCUAUAUUUCUUGGUUUUUCUCUGUCUCCAAUGAGCUGAGGGUAUUGCCAGAGCAGAUCAGUGUCUUCCAUUCCCGCCCCCUCAAGCCCACUCUGGUUCCAGCCCCAAAAGGCACUUGGAGAGAUGUAGAAGCAGGGUGACCAGAGCCCUCCCCUGAGUAGGAAGGCUUUGAGGUGAGAGAGUGGGGAAGAUAGGGAAGGCUCUAACUCUGAGCUAAUUGUGGAUACCCGUUCUGUGCCAAGUCUAUGUCAAGCAUGGAGUUCCAGAGCUAGGUACUAUUCAUUCUAUAGAGGUGUUUGAGGGCCUCCCUCUGGGCCAGAUGUCAUUCUCAGGUGAGUAAGCCAUACUAACAAAGUUCCCUGCCCUUUUGACAUUUGUUUGUAGAGGAGGGAGACAGUGUGUGUUCAUACUGUUGAAGGUCAUUCCAGAUAGUGACCAGGUUCAGACAGGAGAUGAAGAAGACAGAGGAGAAUUCAAAAGAGCUCAGAUACACUGACACAGGACAACAGGGGCCUCCUUGUCAUCAAACAAGUGAGCCAAACAUGGAAAAAGGGAGCAUGAAAAUACAUUUCUCUGAGACUGGAGGGAUGUAGAUUUUAGGGAACCUUUCUGCAAAGAGGGUGCAGGCCUCUGUAGGCGAUGACAUUGGAUAUAUGGAAGUUUGGGGCAGGUUCCAGAGAGGAUCUUGUGUGGAAUUUUAGGAGGGGAACAAGGAGAAUGGGAAGCAAAGCAGAUCCUGGUCAGUCUGGUAAGCUGGUGCAGGAUUCCCUGAGCAGUCAAAGGAAAGGGCUAAAACCAGGACCAGUUUUCUGUGUGUAAGACCUGUGCAGCACCCAGGGCCCCUACACUUGGUGUUAUGCUCUGCUGUUGCCAUCUUGAACUUCUUAAGAAUGUUUGAACAAAAGGCCUCACAUUUUCAUUUUGCUCUGUGCCCUGCAAACUAAGUAGGUGGUUCUGGCUUGAAUUUAGGACUUGCAAGGAGGGACAGAUCAGGGAGAGAAGACAAGGCACUGUUUUGGAGCCACCUGGAGGGUGGAAGGAAGAGGUGAGGACUUAGGUGGGUCUUGAGUCUGGCUGGGGAGGCCAGAAAGGCAGCUAUGGCUCCCCUUGGUUGGGCUUGGUUAUUCCUGGAUUUCAUAGUGGAGCCAAAGGCAGUGGCUGCAUCGCCCACCACUGCCCCACCUCCACCAGCCAUAGGAGAUCCCAUCUUUUUCUAUCUCUGCCUUCUAGGACUAAGUGCAAAGAAAGCUGCAUUUCCAAGUGUGCAUGUUCUACACCCUCUAUACUCCCCCUCCUGUGCUGGGGAAUGAACCCAGGGCCUCACACAUGCUAAGCAAGUACUUUGCCACUGAGUUACACCCCCAACCUACUAAGGUAUAAUUUGCACACAGGAAAAUUCUUCCUUUUUAGGGUACAGUUUGGAGAGUUUUGACAAAUGCAGAGUUGUAUAAACAACCAUAUAAUCAAGACAUAGAAUUAUUACAUCACCCCUCAAAAUUCUCCUUUCUGCUCCUUUGUGGUCAAUUUCUCCCCUACCUCCAACCCCUGGUAACUACUGAACUGCUUUGUCAAUAACUUUUUUUUUUUCUUUUUGUGAGAGAUGCUUAAGCCCACCUAUCUAAUAUAUGGUAUCAGAACAAAGUAGCAAGAAAAACAAUAGGAUAUUGGUAUAAAAAUAAAUAGGAUGAGGAACCAGAAAUAGAUUCCAUUUUGUAGGAAAAAAAUAUGAUAAAGAGAUUGCAAAGGAGGGAGUAAGGAAGGAAUAUUUAAUAGGGAGCCCUGGGUUAACUACAAAAUUGUGCGUGGGGAUCAUACUUCGCAGCAUCCCUUUUGAGAUAAAAUGGACAUUGGGUUAUUAUUUUAUGAGUUAAAUUUUAAAAAUCAAAUCCUAGGAAAUUGGCAGAAAGCUCAACAAACUAUUGCUGAAUUAAUGGAGAGGAGCUAAUGAAGCAACUUGUUUGGAAGCAACCCCAUCCCCUCAACAAAAACCAAAUAUAUACAACCCCAACGAGGAAAGAAUGAUAAAAUCAACUUUGCAGUAAAAGUUGGUGCACAGUGAAAUUAACAAGUCUGAACACAAGGAAAAUCACAUAUUGGGGAAGACAAGACAGCCAAGGUUAAACUGCCUGAAGUGAGCGGUGUUUUCAAGGUUCUUCCCAACUUUGCCCACACCCCGCUCCGUAGGGAAGGCGGCCAGGGCUCCAGAGAGGAAGUAGGGAAGCCCAGGGGCGGUCUCCAAAGCCUGUGAGGUCCUGUCAGCUCCUGCUCAGCUUAGAGGCCUCCUGGCUUCCUUGGCCCCAAGCACAGUUCAUUCAACUCUUCGCCCCGCCACUUCCGCGUGUGGGGCCAGGACCACCCAGGAUCCGAGUGAGUGCACCGCCAGGCACCUCCAAGAUGCUCCAUCUGACGCCCCCGCGGGCAUAGGGUCCCUCUCUGAACUGACUGGCUCCUCACCUGCCGUGCUUCCAAAGGUUUUUGAGCCAGGGUUUCUUCUUUCAUAUGAGAAUAUCCGCUUCCUCCCAGCAUCUUUAUGCACCUACUGGUUUCUAGCAAUGAUGAACACAAAGUCCAGGUCCCAAUGGAGCUUUUAAUCUUAAAAUGUAGGGGAGGCAGGGUUAAGGGCCGGAAGAUAGAUCAACAAGUAAACAUAAUUUCAAGUGAAGGUUGUAAAGAAAACAAAGCCAGAUUGUGCAAGAGAUGUCCUUUAUUAAGAAAACAAAUCAAAACAAGAUUGUGCAAGGGGUGGGGGCAGGGAAGAAGAGGAGGUGUGAAGGGUUGCAGCCCGAAUGACCCUGAGUGAAAUGAACCAUAAAAGGGAGCAGUAAAUCAGGGAAACAGAGACCCAGGAAAACGGCAAUUGAAACUUUAUUGUGGGGCUGUUUUUUGUUUAAGUCUUUGAGGUCUGAGGAGAGGGUGGGAGUUCUCUAACCCUUCCCUUCAGAAGAAGAGGGCCUGGUAAAUUCAGUUCUGGCCUGGGUUUGGAGUCACCAUCUUCUUUUUCCUUUCAGAUACACCCUUCCUGCUUAGGACAGAUGUGUCACCCUUACUGUAAGAAGGGUAACCCAUGGAGGGCAGGAGGGCACAUGCUGUGCCAUCUUUCCUGUCCGCAUAAUUCCAUUCUCAAAUUGACUAACCUGUGGGCAGAUUAAGUAUGGAUUUAGGGUCUAGGAGUACAGCAGUUACUCAGAAGGCUGAAAAAGGAGGAUGAAAUCAGAGGCCAGCCUGGACUACUCAGCAGACGCUCCCUCAAAAUAAAAAAUAGAAGCCUGG